ACAUGUCAGGAGCUAACAGAGGACAGGGAAGCGCGGCUAGUGAUUAUCACAACCAAGAAAACAUGCUAUCAAGACUGAGAGGAUCCAUUAAACCCAGAGCUGUUGGUGCUGGUGGUGCUACUGGUGCUGAUAACCUAGAAAACUUGCCACCGAAACAAGCCGCUGCAGCCACUACCAGGACCGUGUUGGGGGCCCUGCAGAACAACCAGAGGAGCAAAGCCCAAACCCAGCGCGGCAGCAAACAGGACUCAUCACAGCCUUUGUCUUGUAAAAAUGAAGACUUUGGCAAAACCUGCAAUGAGAAACCAACCUCCAAGCAGCCUGCUUUCCAGAUCCAUGUGGACGAGCCUGAUGGCGCCACCACCAAAACUCAGCGGCAGCCGGUGGUCAACGCUGUCAAAUCGAAGUCCAUUUCAGAGGAUUCUCCUCUGGCCAUUGACAAUGCCAUGGCACGGCUUCGACAGCCGCUGGCCACUAUUGAUAUCCCAUCAGCAAUGGAUGUCAGUUUUGACUCUCCCAUGGACAUGUCUGUGAUUGAGGGGGAAGAGAAGCUUGUCAGUGUAAAUGAAGUCCCAGAAUAUGCUGCUGAAAUCCACACGUACCUGAGGGAAAUGGAGGUGAAAAGCAGACCUAAAGCAGGCUACAUGAAGAAGCAACCUGACAUCACAAACUGCAUGAGGGCCAUCUUGGUGGACUGGCUGGUCGAGGUUGGAGAGGAGUACAAGCUUCAGAAUGAGACACUUUAUCUUGCUGUCAACUACAUCGAUCGCUUCCUCUCUUCAAUGUCUGUCCUGAGGGGGAAGCUUCAGCUGGUUGGGACUGCUGCUAUGCUGUUGGCUUCGAAAUUUGAAGAAAUCUACCCCCCUGAGGUGGCCGAGUUUGUCUACAUCACAGACGACACCUACACUAAGAAGCAAGUGUUAAGAAUGGAGCAUCUGGUGCUUAAAGUGCUCUCCUUUGAUCUGGCAGCACCAACCAUCCACCAGUUUCUCACCCAGUACUUCCUCCAGCUGUCUGUUAACAAAAAGGUGGAGAGCUUGGCAAUGUACUUCGGGGAGCUCAGCCUGGUUGACUCAGAUCCAUUCUUGAAGUACCUGCCAUCACACACAGCUGCUGCAGCCUACACACUGGCCAACUAUACAGUAACUGGUGCCUCAUGGCCCAAGGCCUUGAUAGAGAUGACUGGUUACUCCCUGGAGGAUCUGAUGCCAUGCAUUGAAGAUCUACACCGAACCUACCUUAACGUUGCUCAACACGCCCAGCAGUCUGUCAAGGAGAAGUACAAGGGUGCCAAGUACCAUGAGGUUUCCCUCAUCGAAGCUCCAUCGAAACUGCAGCUGAACUGACUCCUUCCUUCCUUUCCCUUGUUUGUGUAGACUUGUACCCCCUGUCAUUAUUUUUUUUUUAAAUGAUGUACCACAUUUUUCAAAUAACAUAACCUGCUCUUCUUGGAGUAGUGCAGAUGUUUAGAGUUUUUUUAAAUAUUUUUGUAUUCUAAAUGAUGCAGUUGGUUAAUCAGGCAGUUUUUAAUGGUUUGACUUUUAAUCUGACAGAUGUCUUUAUCACCACACUGUAAACAUGCUGCUCUCAUCUACAGUGUCUCUCCUCCAUAGACCUGUGAAUGUACUUGAACCAGGAAAACCUUUCAUUCAAACUUGUGUUUUUUUAAUACACUAAAGGAUUGAGUUUUCUCCCAGCAGUUUUUGCUGGUUUGCCUUUUUUUGAAAGGUGUAAACUUCAAAUAUUUGGCCUUGUGGUAUACAGAUUAAAGUUUUUCUCUGUCAUGGAGUCAGCUGUCUCAUUACGUUGAUCUCUGGGAAUUCAACAGAUUUUCCAGAAAUCUUCUGCACUG